CUUUUAAUUUUUAUUCAGCCUCUCCUCAAUUAACCACCACCACAACUGUAAUUUUUAUCCAUAAGUCUGGUAGAACUGAAAACAACCAUCAACAAAACCAAAUAUGACUUCAAAAGGUGUGGAUUUGGAAUUAAAAAAGGCUUUUCAAGAGUUGCAAGCCAAAGUACUCGACACAACUCAAAAAUUGAAGCUAGCAGAUAUACAAAUUGAUUCCUUGAAUAAAGCUAUCCAACAUUCUCAGCUAACUCAGCAGGAGCUCAAGUCUUUUCCAGAAGAUACCAACAUGUUUAAUGGUGUAGGGAGGAUGUUUCUUCUAACUCCCCAAGAUCAGAUUAUUAACAUGCUUUCUGAAAAAAUCGAAGCAUCUCGAGAAAAAAUUAAAGAAUUCGAGACUAGCAAGUCGUAUUUGGAACGCAGCAUGAAAGAAAGUGAAGAGAAUCUCCGAGAACUUGUUGCAAGUAAACAGAAAGAUCGCUAAUAUAUCAAUAAAAUGUAAUGAUUUAUUUUCUCACAUCUUUUUUGAAAUUUUGUAUAUUUCCUGUUUGUAUUGAGCGUUGUACUUCAUUUGACUUCUUCAUUAAAAUUGUGCUAACUUAACAUUA